AUGUUUGCUCGUCGCUGUGCUCGUCUCGCUACUUCUCGGAACGCUGUUCCUUUGAACAACUACUUGGCUCGCAUUCGCCAGUACUCGUCUGGUCCGAGCUAUGAGCACAUCCUCACAUCAACUCCGAAACCCGGUGUCGGUCUCAUCACCUUGAAUCGCCCUAAGGCAUUGAACGCUCUAUGCAGCCCGCUCUUCACCGAGCUUAACGAUGCCCUGAGCAAGUAUGACAGCGACAAGAGCAUCGGUGCUAUCAUUAUCACAGGCAGCGAGAAGGCCUUUGCUGCCGGUGCCGACAUCAAGGAGAUGGCCCCCUUGAGCUUCGCCGCCGCUUACACCGACAACUUCAUCGCGCCGUGGUCCCAUCUCGCAAACACAAUCCGUAAGCCCGUUAUCGCUGCUGUGUCUGGAUACGCCCUCGGUGGCGGCUGUGAGCUGGCGCUGAUGUGCGACAUCUUGUACUGCACAUCGAACGCGACUUUCGGUCAACCGGAGAUCAAGCUCGGUACCAUUCCAGGCGCCGGUGGGUCUCAGCGCCUUACCCGGGCGGUGGGCAAGAGCAAGGCUAUGGAGUUGAUUCUCACUGGCAAGAACUUCAGCGGCAAGGAGGCUGGUGAGUGGGGUGUUGCGGCACAGGUUGUUGAUGGUGGUAAGGAGGAGUUGCUUGAGGUUGCUUUCAAGACAGCCGAGACUAUUGCAGGAUAUAGCCGUGUAGCGGUAGUUGCUGGUAAGGAGGUUGUGAAUAAGAGUCAGGAGUUGUCGCUGCGUGAGGGUGUCGAGUACGAGCGACGUUUGUUCCACAGCUUGUUUGGCAGCAAGGAUCAGAAGAUUGGAAUGACUGCCUUUGCCGAGAAGAAGAAGCCCGAGUGGUCGAACGAGUAA